UGAGGUGGGAGGUGUGGAUGGGAUGAGGACCAUGGAGCCGGUGUUACUUCCUUGUUUCAGGCCUGGGUGACUUCGCUUCCUGGGCAGCUGCCAAUCUCCAGUGCUGCACCAUGAAGAGACUUUGCCUCCUGGUUCACCUCACAUAGGAAGUUGGGGAAGUGUGGCGCUGGAUUGCCGUGUGUCGUCUGUGGGCUGAUCAUGGGCUGACUGGGGACUACAAGGGCACUGCCACUGCGCUCUUAAAGGGCACCCGCUGAUUUCCUGCCUAUGGAGAGGAGAUUAGAUGACUUUAUAGCCGGGAGUCACUGAGGAACUUACUGAGCGCACGGCGCAGGCCACCACAGGCAGACGGCACGUCAGAGAGCGGGAUGUUCUCUCCCCUGUGCCCCCCGAUCACUCAGCAGCCUGGCCCAGCCCUCUCCACCUCCUCCUCAGCCGCCUCGUCAGUGUCCGGCCACCAGCAGGGGCCCAGGGACUCUUCAGGGAGAAGGCGGAGGAAGGAGCGGCACAGGCGAAAGAGGCUCAGGCUGCAGGAGCAGGACACGCUGCCCCCCGGCAUGGGCCUAGUGGAGGAAGGCGAGGUCCCGGCUGUUCCCCGGGCGGGGAGACGCCACCGGGCCAGGAAGAAGCGGCAGAAAGAGCGCAGGAGGGACAUGCUGAGGAGGGUCGGGGCUCUGGCUGCCAGCACCGUGGAGUACGACGACGUCAGCUCCCUGUCGGAAGGAGCGCUGUCAGAGGGCGAGCAGGGCCCGGGCAAUCCGUUUCCUCCGGUGCUCGGACUAGGCCUCAUCCCGUCCCCAGCCUCGGAUAGAUGUCCUUCCCCUCCCGGACUGCACCCGGCCCCGUUAUCGCUUCUACGCCAGGCCGGGGACGCUGACAGGAACAGUAGGAGGAAGAGGGGCGCCCGCAGGCAGGAGUCGGGCCACCGGCGGAGGGACGAAGCACGAAGCGCUCGGGGCCGCGCUGACGACAGAAGGAGUAGACUCGGGGUAGGGAACCUGUUGCUGCCGGAGCCUCUGCUGCUCGCCCCGACCUGGAGGCCUCAGGAGGAGCCGGCGAAGAGAACGGAACUCAGGGCCGGGGCCUCGUACAGGCCUAAGCGAGAGGAGGCCUCAGUGCACAGCAAGCAGGCGCCCAAGGCCUACAGAGGGGACCGGGCUCACAGGGCGUCCUCCCCCGGCAACCACCGCAAGAAGUCCCUCAGCCCAGCCCGGAGCUCCCCCAGCCCGGGCUACAGCGGGCACCGAGCGAGCCGCCGCUCCCCCAACUAUGGCGGCUUUGACAGGACGGACAACUCGUCGCCCCAGACCCGGCGCCGGUCCCGCAGCCCUUACAGCCCGGUCACCAGGCGAAAUGCAAGAUCACGGAGCAGAAGUCCUUACAAAUCACGGCGCUCUCGUUCUCGAAGCCGUCAUAGAGUUUCCAGGUCUAGAAGCAGACAGUCCAGCAUUUCACCAAGUACUCUCACCCUGAAGAGUAGUCUAGCUGCAGAACUGAACAAGAACAAAAAAGCUAGAGAAGCUGAGGCUGCCAGAGCCCUAGCAAAGGCUUCCAGCACUUCCACUCCCACCAAAGGGCAUUCAGACGCUGCCAGUAUUGCCCAACAAGCAAAUCAUGCCAAGGAGCAAAAGAAAACAAAAGCGGACGCUGCACCAUCUCCAACUGCAAAAAGCGACAAAGUUAGAGUCAAGGCGUCGGUCCAGGUGUCCGCUGCGGAUAGCUCAAAUGUAGACAAAGCAGCCAAGACCAGUGGAAAGCCAAAUAAGACGGACACUGUCAAAGAGGAGACGUCUAGUCAGAAAGAGAAAAGCAAGGUCCAGAAGGUGGCAUCUGCAAAUGCUGAGAAGGCUAAAAGUUCGGGCUCGUCACCAGCAACUUUUUCAGCACUACCUCUUCCCAUUGUCCUCUCCAAUGAUGCUCACAGUUUCCGAGGCUGUAUCCCAGGAAAAUCUGUCAAGAAGGAAAUGGAGAGAAAACUUCGGCACUUGCUGUCUGACUUACCCCUCCCACCUGUCCAUACUGGAAUCGGGGACUUGUCUUGUAGCCCAGAGGGGAAGAAGACACAAUCGAAGAACCGAAGGAGGCCUAAGAUCUGUGGUCCUCGCUGUGGUGAAAUCCAUGAGAAUGAAAUAGACUGGGGCAAGCGUUGUGUGGACAAAUUUGACAUUAUUGGAAUCAUUGGGGAAGGUACCUAUGGACAAGUGUAUAAAGCCAGAGAUAAAGACACCGGAGAAAUGGUGGCUUUAAAGAAAGUACGUUUGGACAAUGAGAAAGAAGGUUUCCCUAUCACAGCUAUACGUGAAAUUAAGAUUCUCCGACAGCUCACCCACCAGAGCAUUAUUAACAUGAAGGAGAUUGUCACAGACAAAGAGGACGCUGUGGACUUUAAGAAAGAUAAAGGUGCAUUCUACCUGGUAUUUGAAUAUAUGGACCACGACCUGAUGGGUCUGCUGGAAUCAGGACUAGUGCAUUUCAAUGAAGUUCACAUUAAGUCUUUCAUGAGGCAACUUAUGGAAGGUUUGGACUACUGUCACAAGAAGAAUUUUUUGCACAGAGACAUUAAAUGCUCUAAUAUUCUACUAAACAACAGGGGGCAGAUCAAGCUGGCAGAUUUUGGACUUGCAAGACUAUACAGUUCAGAAGAAAGUCGACCUUACACAAAUAAGGUUAUUACGUUAUGGUAUCGCCCUCCUGAGUUAUUGCUUGGAGAAGAACGUUAUACACCAGCUAUUGAUGUCUGGAGCUGUGGGUGUAUUCUUGGAGAGCUGUUUACAAAGAAGCCGAUCUUCCAAGCAAAUCAAGAAUUAGCACAACUUGAACUCAUAAGCCGCAUGUGUGGAAGUCCCUGUCCUGCUGUGUGGCCUGAUGUGAUAAAGUUACCCUAUUUCAACACCAUGAAACCAAAGAAGCAAUAUCGCCGAAAACUCAGAGAAGAGUUUGCUUUCAUACCCAUUGCAGCGUUAGAUUUGUUUGAUCAUAUGCUAGCAUUGGAUCCCAGCAAACGUUGUACAGCGGAACAGGCUCUGCAGUGUGAGUUCCUUCGGGAAGUUGAUCCAACAAAAAUGGCGCCACCUGACCUUCCUCUUUGGCAAGAUUGUCAUGAAUUGUGGAGUAAGAAACGUAGAAGGCAGAAACAAAUGGGUAUGGUCGAUGAUGUAACAGCACCAAAAUUACCAAGGAAAGACUUGUCUGUGGGCCUGGAUGAUAGCAGAAAUAGCACACCCCAAGGCGUACAGGCAUCUUCUCAAAAAACUCAGGGAUUUCCUGGUGUUGGAUUAGGUCACUCCAGUACUGGACAGCAGCUGAACCAGAAUCAAAUGGCUAUAUUGCUGAAUUUACUGCAGUCUCAGAACAGUGUCAGCAUGGCACAGUUUGCCCAGGGUAUGAACAUUAAGGUGAAUCCUGAAACUCAGCAGCAGCAGCUGAGUAAUCUGAAUCUUCCAGCUGGUAUUCUAGCAUCUACCAAUAAACCACCAGAACCUAAAGAAGAGCCUUGUGCUCCAGCUGCAGUACCUGUUCCUGAGCUGCCUUCCAUCCCAUCAUUGACUUUACCUAAGACAACGGCAGAGGCGGCUCAAACUACUAUUCAAAGCCCCUUUGGAGUCUUAUUGUCUCAGCUGUUAAAAGAUCAGGAACAGCAAAGCACUGAUGAGGUGGCACAAGUGGCUCCUGAAAAUAAUGCAAAUGAGGAGCCCCUAAAGCCCAGGCGACCGCCCAGCCCUGCACCCAUUGUUGAAGAUGCCAGUGAGGCCAGCCUUCAGCCGACUCUCGAAGAUCUACCAAAUGAACAAAACUUUACUCACAUCUUGCCUCCAGAUCAGCGGCCUCCUGAGCCACCAGAACCACCUCCUGUAGGCGAAGAAGACCUUGAUUACCGGACAGAGAGGCAGCAGGUGCAGAACACUAGCAAUCCUGCUGGUGACCCUCAUGCAGAAGUGAAAGCGGCACUCUUGCAGAUUAUUGCUCAGCACCAGGCUCAGGAACAGGACACAAUUGGUACAGAUUACACUGGGGGAGCAUCUUUUCUGAAGGCACCAGACUGCACUGAAAAUUUUGGACAAACUUUCCUGCCAGCCACGUACAGUAAUGACCUGGCUGCUAAUGUGCCUGGUGUUGCUGUUUUGGAAGGACAUCUUGAAAAUCAACCUGUCGACAAUUACAGUACUUCUUCAUCUCAGAUUAGUAACCAGCUCCCAGUACAUACGGCUUUUCCUGAGCCCUUUUGUAACUCUGCCACCACUUACAGGGACAGCUACCUCAGUGCUGGCUCUAUGUUGUUCAGUGGUGACAAAGACCACCGAUUUGAGUACAGUCAAAGCCCUACAAUACUUCUGGGAAACAAUCUCUCUGCAGGGUUGGACAGUCAAAAUUUGCCAACAAAAAUGCCUAACUUUGGUUUCAGCACUAAUGUACCAGAGCAUCUUGGUUUACCUGCUAUAAUGCACAGACCUGCGUGGGCAUCUCCUCACCAUGGUCCACCCUUCUCUCAAGGACAUGGAGGACAUAUGGGUACCUAUAUCAGAGGACGGGGGAGGGGUUUACCAUUCUAAUUUUUGUUCCCUCAGGCAAAAUAUUUCUAUCUGGAAUGACUUUUUACUUUUCAGCAUGGCUGCGUUUUACAGCAGCUGUAUACUAGACUUGAUAACUGAUUGGACAACAGCUUUAUUUUUAUGUAAAAAAAUAAAAUAAAAAAAUGGUCUUGCAAUACAACAGCCAACAGUGGGAGGUACUGAAAGGGGAUAAAUGCAAUUGAUUCUACGUUUGAAAGCAAGUAAUUUACACCUUGACAAAUAUUAGCAGAAAUCUUUAUUUUGUACUUUCAUUUUUAGUUAGAUAUUAAUUUUAAGGAUGUCGUCUUUAGUUUUGUCCCCUCGCACUUGCAGAAAUUUUGAAGAAUCCAGCACACUUGUGCUUAUUUUUUGUACAUUUGGACCAAUGUUGGUAACGCCAGGGCAGUGCUUUAAUUCCUUGAUAUGUUUUCUUUGUACAAAACUAUCUUUAGUCCUUUAGUCAAAGGUCACUGUCAGUUCUUUCACAGCUUUCUGUGUCAUUGUGAAACUUGUGCUCAUUUCAGACAAAAAAACAAUUUUUUUUUUCUUGUAAUGCAAACGUUUUAUCAACUGUUUUCUUCUAUCAAGUAAGGAAAUAAACGUUGAUUAAAACGCC